AAUUUGACCAUGCCACCAAAGAAGAAGGAUGAGGCAACAGGCCCCCCUCCUCUCAUUGGAAGAAUGGGGACAAACCUCAAAAUAGGCAUUGUUGGUUUACCCAAUGUGGGGAAGUCAUCAUUUUUCAAUGUGCUAACAAAAAGUGCUGCCACGGCUGAAAAUUUUCCCUUCUGUACCAUUGAGCCAAAUGAAAGUCGUGUUCCUGUCCCUGAUGAGAGAUUUGAACACCUGUGUGAACACUACAAACCUGCCAGUAAAGUUCCUGCUUACCUGAAUGUAGUGGACAUUGCUGGCUUGGUCAAAGGUGCCCACGAAGGAAAAGGCUUGGGAAAUUCCUUUCUGUCUAACAUAAGUGCUUGUGAUGGGAUCUUUCAUGUUGUUAGGGCCUUUGAUGAUGAAGAAAUAGUUCACGUAGAAGGAGAUGUUGACCCCUCACGUGACUUAGAUAUCAUUCAUGAGGAAUUAAUGUUUAAAGACCAGGAAUAUCUAAACAAUCGCCUAGGAGGAUUGGAAAGAACAGUGGCCAGGGGUGGAGACAAAUCCAAAAAGCCAGAAUAUGACUGUUUAUGUAAAGUGAGGGAUUUACUAGAAAAUAAAAAGUGGGUCAGGAUGUCAACAUGGGAUGCUAAAGAGAUUGAAAUCUUGAACCAACAUUUAUUUUUAACCUCCAAGCCUAAAUACUUGAAUAUCGCAUUAAAAAAAAAUAAAUGGUUGGUAAAAAUCAAGGAAUGGAUUGACAAGAAUGACCCUGGGGCUAUGGUCAUCCUGAUGAGCUGUGCUGUGGAACUGGCCCUGCUAGAUAUGUCUGAUGAGGAAAAGCAAAAGUAUCAGGAGGAAAAGAAAGUUACAAGUGCAUUAGAGAAAAUCAUUGUUAAUGGAUACAAGGCACUGAAUUUACAAUACUUCUUCACCUCUGGUAAAGAUGAAGUCAAAGCUUGGACGAUACAGAAAGGAACAAAGGCCCCUCAGGCUGCAGGAAAGAUUCACACAGACUUUGAGAAAGGAUUCAUCAUGGCUGAAGUCAUGAACUAUGCUGACUUUAAAGAAUUCGGAUCUGAGGCGGAGUGCAAGGCCAAUGGUAAAUACCGACAGAAAGGAAGAGAAUACGUAGUGGAGGAUGGAGACAUUAUUUUAUUUAAGUUCAAUGCCGGUGCAGGGCUAACGGACAAAAAGAAAAAGUGAAACAAGAGGGAUAACUCCUCUGAAUGUGUUCGAGAGAUAUUGGAAUUGUGUCUGUUUUAAAGGCAUGAUUCAGGCAAAUGCAAUCUUAAUGAUAAAAUAUUGGGGGGUCUGGGUUAUUGGAGAGAAAAAGUUAAUGAAAAUUUUCUUUCUUCAUUUUAUACAUACUGUGGAAUCAUUAAAUUUCGUAAUGGUUCAAUUUGUGGAAUCGUGGGCACCUCUCAUCUACAAAUUUUAUGUCCACCGUGAAAUUUUGAUUCCACAGCAUCGCUUUUUAAUUGAGACUUAGAUGAUAUUGAAGUGAUGAUAUAAAUUUAUGAAAGCCUAAUGAAUUAUAAAUUGUGACAUAAAUAGGACAUCUGUCAGUCACAAAUUUUUUGACACCUUACUUUUGAGAGAAAGUUGUUUGGUAUUAUUUAUUAGUGAAAAAAAAGGAAUAUGGGUUGUAUAUGUACAUGUAUACAAUAACAUUUAAUAAUACAAAUAUUUGCGAGAAGAAACUUUUUUCUCAGGCAGUCUUUAAUAAUUGCAUGGAAAUAGAGUUCUCAUGAAUAAAAGAAAUUAACUGGAA